AUGAGAUUCCGCGUAUGGAAUCAUGCGAAUUGCUGUGCCUGGUGGAGCGCAGCUUGCGCCAUUUGGGCUUGCGCGAUUCUCCUGGCGGCUGCCCCGGCAUUGGCCAUUGCGGAAAGGUUUGCCGGCUGCAGUUCCUGGCGCUCUAAGGCACGACAUGGCGCCUUGGAACCUUUUGUGGCGACAUAUACGUUUAGAUUUCACUCCGAAGCGGGUGGAUCGAUUUUAAAUGCAGAAAAACAAUCAUCGCAUAUGCAGUCUCGCAAGCCUUUUGUUGGACAAAGGACCACACCGUCGUCGGCAGCGGCAUUUAUUUGGGCAGUGUCAAAUGACCUGCCCACAGUGGCGUCUGCAAAGCCUAUAUCUAAAGUUAGUAAUCGCAUUACACGCAACGACGGCAAACAAGGCAUCUAUCGGAAAGUGGAAUUGUGCGCCGAAAAAGAUGACAUCUUGGAUGAAGAUGAAGAUGAAAAUAUAGAUAUAACUCUUGACAACGACUGCGAUGCCGUCGCUGACGAUGUUAACGUUAACCUUUGUGCCGACGGCGAGAUUAACGAGAGUGUGGCGACUGUUGCCGAGGGGGACAGUGUUGAUGACCAGAACGCAAACAGCCCCGACGUGCCUGCACCGCGGGAAGUUCAAUACAGCACCAGUGAUAUAGUGGUGCUUCAAGGACUAGAUGCGGUGCGAAAACGUCCUGGAAUGUACAUUGGUAACACCGGUGAGAGUGGAGUGCAUCAGCUGCUGUUCGAGAUCCUGGACAACUCCGUCGAUGAGUACUUGGCGGGUGCCUGUAACAGGAUUACAGUUACUCUGCGUGCAGACGGGUCGGCGGAAGUCAUGGACAAUGGAAGAGGUAUCCCGUGUGAGAUAUCGGAGAGUACAGGUCGUUCCGGUCUUGAGACGGUGUUGACUGUGCUGCAUUCCGGCGGCAAGUUCAAUGACGCAGCGACGCAAACACAGGAUCACGAGGACGAGUUCUACGACACCUCUGUAUCACGAAAGUUCCGGUCACAACACGUCCGCGGGUUACGCAAAAAGCUAAAGGAUGCUAGUAACGCGCCUUACGAAUACUCUUCAGGACUGCACGGAGUUGGGUUGUCCGUAGUGAACGCUCUGAGCAAAUGGCUGCACGCAGAGGUUUACAAGGGCACACGUGUUUACACCAUGGAGCUUUCGAAGGGCCAAGUGAUGAGUCCGCUGUCGAUGUCGCGGGGGCAGAAACGCACUGGGACGAAAAUUUCAUUCCUACCGGACUACGAGGACGUAUUCCGUAUCCACCACGAGCACAUUUCCGAUGGCGAGUGUAAGGGCUGUGUGGAAGCCUUUCAUUUCGACACCGUUCGCACACGAGUGGAAGAACUGUCGUACGUCAAUCCGAUGCUGACCCUGCGGCUUGUGGACGAACGCAAAGUGAAUGAGGAUGGUACCUUCUGGGAGGAAACUUUCAUGCACAAGGGCGGUACACGCGAGUUCCUGCAGGACAUCAUCAAGGACCGUACGCCUUUGUACAAGGCCGCCAACAUAAUCAACAUUCGCGGGAAGUCAAACGGGGUCGAGGUGGAGACAUCGUUGAGCUGGUCUGCUGAGCCAAGCGCAGCUCAGUUACGCGGUUUCGCCAAUAACGUGAGCACAGUCGCAGGCACGCACAUCGAUGGAUUCAAGGCUGCAAUCACGAAAGCUGUGAAUCACUGCUGCCGUCGCUCCGGCUAUUUCAAGGCCAAAGCGCCGCCCCUAAGCGGCGAAUUUAUUCGCGAGGGGAUGACUGCCAUCGUUUCGGUGAAGCUGAUGGGCGCCGAAUUCGACGGGCAGACCAAGUCGAAGCUGGGCAACCAGGUGGCUCGCACGGCGGUUGAGAGGAUCGUGUCGUACCAGAUGAUCGAGAUUCUGGAGAAGCAUCCUCAGCUACUGCUUGCCAUAUACAACAAGUCGCUGGCGUCCAAAAAAGCAUUCGAGGCUGCCAAGCAUGCUAAAGAGUUGGCUCAGCAGAAAAACGCAAACUUUCUAACAACGGGGCUCCCGACGAAGCUGUCCGAUUGCACUUCUAACGACAUGGACGCUACCGAGAUAUUCAUCGUAGAGGGUGAGAGCGCUGCGGGUAACGCUAAACAGGCGAGAAACCGGCGCUUCCAGGCUGUGCUUCCCCUGAAGGGCAAGAUCCUAAACAUAGAGAAGAUCAACAGCGACCUGAAGGUGAUGGAGAACGAGGAAAUCAAACUGCUGAUUUCUUCGUUGGGUAUAGCCGUGAACCCACGAACGUGGCGUCAGGAUACGUUGACCCACGUCGAAACUAUGGUUCCUACAGGCACCCAGGAGAUCGUUCUCGGGGAAACCGAGGAUGGUGGUAAGAUCCUAUCACCACUGCCUCCACUUCCGCUGCGAUACGGCAAAAUUAUCCUGCUGACUGAUGCUGACGUGGACGGAGCCCAUCUGCGAAUCCUUUUGCUAGGGUUGUUGUUCCGCAUAUGCCCUCAGCUCUACGAACACGGUCGUGUGUACGUCGCGUGCCCUCCGCUGUAUCGCAUUACUAACAUGCGCCGCAGCAGUAGUAGCAAGGGCGAUGGACAGAGUCGUUCAGCCUACACAUACGCGUGGAGCGAGGACGAGCUACCCGAGGCAUUACAACGUGAAAUGUCUUCGCGUCAAGCGGGCAGGGUUGGCGAUCAAAGUGGCAAGAUGCUCGAUAUUUUCUCUGAAAAAUCGGAGGAAUCGACCGACGAUAGGGCAGGAGAUAGGCCAACGCACAAGUUGAGCGAUUCUCGUGGCCUCUCCGUACAGCGUUUCAAGGGUCUGGGAGAGAUGAUGGCGCAACAACUUUGGGAUACAACCAUGGAUCCCGAGAAGCGCGUUCUGAGACGGAUUUCCGUGCAGGACGGGCUGCGUGCCUCACAAAUGUUGGAGCUGCUCAUGGGUAGCGAUGUCCAGCAGCGUAAGGAGUUCAUAUUCGCCAACUCUGACACGUUCCAGCUGCAGGAUCUAGACCGUUAG